AUGGCUCAUGAGUGUGUACAAGUUGCUGUCAGAAUACGUCCAUUGGUGCAAUCUGAAAUUAAUACAGGGUGCCAAGUAUGUCUUGAUGUUGUUCCGGGUGAACCACAGGUACAAUUGCGGGGCACAGAAAAAUCUUUUACAUACAAUCAUGUCUUUGGGGCUGAUAUUGAACAAGAGGAUUUCUAUAAUACUGCUGUCAAAGGAAUGGUGGACAAUAUUUUCAAAGGGUAUAAUGUAACGAUCUUAGCCUAUGGCCAGACAGGUAGUGGGAAAACCCAUUCAAUGGGAACUUGUUACAACGGUGGACCAAACAUGGGUGUAAUUCCUCGUGCUAUUCAAGAUAUAUUUAAAAUAUCAGAAGCAAAACAGGAGUAUGACAUAAAAGUCUCAAUUUCUUUCCUGGAGCUGUAUCAGGAGCAGCUCUAUGAUCUUUUAAUGGAUAAGCCACGCAGUCAAUGUAUUGUCGACAUUAGAGAAGAUUCUGUAAAGGGCAUCACCGUAUCUGGUUUAACAGAAAUUGAAGUUAAUAAUAUAACUGAAACUUUUGAAUGCCUCACACGAGGUUCACUGCGUCGCGCAACAGGUGCGACAGCUAUGAAUGCUCAUAGUAGUCGAAGCCAUGCAAUUUUCACAAUUUAUAUUCGACAGGAAAAGAAGGGCGAUCCCAACAGCGCAACAAUUGCUAAAUUCCAUCUAGUAGAUUUAGCAGGUUCCGAAAGAAGUAAAAAAACUGGAGCAACUGGCGAACGUUUCAAAGAAGGCGUCAACAUAAACAAAGGGCUGCUUGCCUUAGGAAAUGUUAUAUCCUUACUGGGUGAGGGUAAAUCAACGUAUAUUGGCUACCGAGACAGUAAGCUCACGCGAUUACUGCAAGACUCUCUAGAUUUUAUACAAUUUUAUGUAGCUUGGGGUAUUUGUCAGAAACCUUAGGAAACAAAGUUUCUGAUUGAUCAAAAUUGUUUCAUUUGAAAAUUAUGAAGCGCCUAAUUUUUUAGUCGUAUGACUACCCUGGGAUAACUUCUUAAUUCAGCCUGUUUCAAUAUCUUACUCGUUUAAAAGUACAGACCAACUUGUUAGAAAUGGUCUGUUACGUUUAUUUUGCACUGUCUACUUGCUGUACUAUGUACUGUUUAUGUAAGUGAUUAGUGAAUCUUUAUUUCAUUUAAUACUUUUUCCGAAUAUUGCAAUUGGUAAUUCUGAAGCUAUAAUCUUAAAAAUUAUAGAAUACUUCAAUUAUACAAAGAAUUCAACAAUUUUUCACCAUGCUCGACAAAGCUACAAGACUCUCUCGACAGUUGAAAAGUAACGGAUGUAUAAGAAUUUGAAUUGUACUACGUACAUAAAAAUAUAUCUACGUAAAUAAAUAAAUGAUGCGCAUAUAUUCACA